AUGCGCCUGCGCCGCGAACCUCAUCGCGAAACCGCCCGGGCCCGACGAACCUCACCUCCGCACCACCAGAACCCCGCCAAGCCGAUGUUUCCCCGCGCCUCCUCCCUCACAGUCCUGAGAAGAGGCACCCGCUACCUCCUCCGCCCGCAACCCACCUUCUCGCUGUCCGCGCGUGCCUUCUCCGCCGUCCACGCUGCUAUGGCUGAUACCUCCGGCAUCACGGCCGAUUCGUUGCAGGCCAAGCUGUUUGCGCAACUGCAGGCUGAUCAUGUUGAGAUUGAGGAUCUGUCGGGUGGUUGCGGCCAGGCUUUCCAGGCUGUGAUUGUUUCCCAACAGUUCGCUGGUAAGACCAUGCUUGCCCGUCACCGUCUUGUCAAUGCCGUUCUCAAGGAGGAGAUUGCUGCUAUCCACGCUUGGACGCCCAAGUGCUACACUCCCGAGCAGUGGCAGGCGGCCCAGCAGUAG